CUGGAGCCAUUACUCUUUGUCUGGUCCUCAUGGUCGACAUGGUCUGCAUGUCCAGUGGCCUGCAAUGGCGGCAAACAAGUGCGCCAAAGGAGCUGCAGGUCUAGAGACCAGGCGGGGCUGUUGCUCCAAAGUAGCAAUGUUCUGGCCCAAUUCAACGCCUCCGGCUUCUCCUGCUUUGGCGCAAGUGCGGAGCAGAGGCGAUGCAACCAGCAGCUUUGUCCUGUAUUUAGAGUGAGCUCAAUCUGGACGCAGUGGUAUGGCCUUAGUAAAGCUGUCAACGAGGAAGAAGCUUUGAAGAGCACAAUAGGGCCUCGAAUGCAACGCCGUUUCCGUGUCGAGUGCCUGGGUAGAGUCCCCGAGGCGGAUAGAUUGAAUGCCAAAGUACACCGAGAAACCCGCUGGUGCCGAGCGAAACAAAACAGUAUGGAAAGUAGCUGCCAAAAUACAGAAACUGGGGAGCAAACAAACAAACAGCCGGAAAUGGAGACAAGCCCGACAACUGCGAACAUGGGUACCUUAUCCAACAAGACAACAGACUUCGGCGAGAAUCGUCAGGCCUGGUCAGCCUGGACCACAUGUAGUCGCGCCUGUGACGGAGGCAUCCGUUGGCGGACGCGUCCGAGUCACCGUAUUCGCCAGCAGCAACAACAACCGAUGAGGCCUUCUGCUGUACAUAUCAAUCGAAGGCCGAGAGACACUUCGAGCUCGGAAACUAUGAGCUACUCUCCUGCUCAAAAGAGGACACUCCAGGCUCUCGAGUCAUCUGACGAACUAGAAACGCCGAUAGAAACUGAUCUACUUCAGGACCUAUCGCAAACCGAAAUAAUGGAAGAAGCAUGCAAUCUCCAUCCCUGCAUUGGUGAGGCAUAA